UCAUUUCGGCGUGCGAUGUUUUUGGCCGUUGGCGCACUCCGACAUCGCGGAUGGAAAAGAACAUUUCCACGAAAAUGCGUGAAUUUUAAGGUCAUUCGUAGAAAAAGGGAACGGAGAAAUUAGCAGGAUCGCAUUGAAAAUCUCGUACCCGAUUAGCGCACCUGCAUUGGCCGCGGAACUAGAGUGCAGCAACAGCCACGUUUGGAGGAGAUAUUUUGUGUUCCGAAAUGGCAUUCACCUCGAACGAUGUGAGAAUAUCCGAUGACUCGAAGGAAUUGCACUUCAACAAGCAUGUGGACUACAUCGCAAACCAUGGCAACGACAAGAACGACUACGAGUACUGCAUGACCGAGUUUCUUCGGAUGUCCGGAAUUUACUGGGGCGUGACGGGGCUGGAUCUGAUGAACGAGCUGGGCCGGCUGGACAAAGCAUCGAUUAUCGAGUUCAUCAAGAAGUGCCAGUGUCCGGUGACGGGUGGUAUCGCUGCCUGCGAAGGUCACGAUCCGCACAUGCUGUAUACGCUGAGUGCGGUGCAGAUACUGGUCAUCUACGACUGUCUGGACGCGAUCGAUACGGACCUGGUAGCAAAGUAUGUGGCCUCACUGCAGCAGCUGGACGGAAGCUUCUUCGGGGACAAGUGGGGCGAGGUGGACACUCGGUUUUCCUUCUGUGCGGUGGCCAUUCUGAGCUUAAUUGGUCGAAUGGACGUAAUGGAUGUGGAAAAGGCGGUGUCGUUCGUCAUGUCGUGCUGCAACUCGGACGGUGGCUUUGGGUCGAAACCGAACGCGGAAAGUCACGCCGGAUUGAUCUACUGCUGCGUGGGCUUUCUCUCGAUAACGGAUCAACUGCACCGGCUGGAUUGUGAGCGGCUGGCGUGGUGGCUCUGCGAGCGACAGCUGCCAAGCGGUGGCCUAAACGGACGGCCGGAGAAGCUGCCCGACGUUUGCUACUCCUGGUGGGUGUUGGCGUCCCUCACCAUCAUCGGCCGGUUGCACUGGAUCAGUUCGGAGAAGCUGGAGAACUUUAUCCUCUCGUGCCAGGACGCGGAGACGGGCGGAUUUGCGGACCGUACCGGCAACAUGCCGGACAUAUUUCACACCCUGUUCGGGCUCGGCGCGCUGUCCCUGCUGGGCGACAAGCGGCUGAAACCGGUCAAUCCAACCUUCUGCAUGCCACAGUACGUGAUCGAGCGGUGCGAUUUGAAGCCGAAGGUAAUCGUGCUGUAAGCGUCGCUUUAUUUUAUCAAUUCAUACAUCAAACGCGACUAUACACUAAAGUGGAUCAUGAAACACGUUGAAAAUGCUCUUUGCUUUCCCCUCUGUUGUUAGUAAGCUUAGAUAAUAAAAGACAGCCAUCCAAAGA